AUGAACGAGACAGAGCUUUCUCGACAGCGGGAAAGGGAUUUGGCACAGUUCAAUUUCCCCAAGGUGUUCAGCAGGGGUGUUGAUUACGCGAAAAUCGACCGGGUUGCUGUGGAGAAGUUUAUCGAGCAAAGGUUGGAGCAGCUGGUCCCUGAGGACGAUAUUAUUGUAGAGUUUGUGAACAAUCUCGUUCUGGACGAACACACGGGCCCUAAAGAUCUGUGUUUGCAGCUGAAACCGUUUUUGGACGACCAAACGGUAGGAUUUGUCGAGGAACUAUGGAAAAAGAUGCUGGCUACAGAGAACAGCGAGGAGUUGAAGCCGCUACAAACCAAACCGGCCGGCGGAAAGAGCCAUAAAAAGAGAAUAGUUGAUCGGUCUAAAUACAAAAAACCAUACCGUCGAUACUGCGGUGUCGACCGCGACGCCCGUAGAGGCUCCAUUGGAACCGCGGUGUCCGACUGGAACCGGCCGUACUUGGGGUGGCUGAUGUCGAACUUGACAGACGACGGCUGGCGGGGCUGGUCGUUUUGGCCCAGGGAGUCAAUGUUGAUGGUGGGGAUCUUGGGCGUGUGCGGCGACCGUGGCGGUGGCUUGGGCGACGGGUCCAGCAGCAUCGACUUGGCCCGGCCGUUACUCACAGACGAGUCUGCUGCAUUGGAGUCCUCUGCCUGCUCGUCUGCCAGGAUCGCCAGCCGGUGGUCGCUCAGCUUGUACGAGCCCACCUGGUCCAGCUGCUUCACCAUCUUCGGGUCGUCCACGCCCUGCUCCAGUUCCUCCAUUCUGGUGUUAAGAAUCCGGAAGAGCCGCUCCUCAAACAAAUCCAUGUUCAACGACGGCACAAUCACCACAGGCACAUGGAAGUUCUUGACGAGCCGGUCGGUGACUCUGGAAGUGACCCACGACCGCGUCGAAGCUGCCUUGGUGGGCUUGGCCGCAACAACAACCAGGUACGGCAGAUACAGCGAAUACAUGUCCUUUAACACGUCCUUGGUGCCGCCAACAGCCAGCUCGAUGGUGAUCUUGAGCACCUUAUUCGGAUUCAAAAUCGCCAUGAUGUACUUCAUGAUGUUCUCUGUCACAACCUUGGCGUACUCUGGCGAGUUGCGAAUGGUGCUCUCGCUCCAAUUGACGUCCUUGCUGUAG